AAAGCAUAAAAAAAAGCAUUGAAAUUAUAACUUAGAGAACAAAAGGAAGGGAGCAUGUGGAAAGCAUAGAAAGCAUGAAUUUAUAUCAUAUAUAAUUUGUAUAACGUAAGGAAAGCAUCAGGAAAGCACAGGAAGAAAAGCAUCAGUUACCCAGCUCUCGGUACCAGCUGCAGUUGCAGUCGAUGGUCAAAGGUGAAGGUCUCCCAGCGGCAGUCUGAUUUCUGAGGUUCGAGUGAAGAAAAAAAGAUAAGGAUACUAUACAAGGGAAAACUGGUCAUUUACCCACUGAGCUCUGCGCUGCUAGCUCUUUAUAUCUCAGCAAAUUUGGCUUGGAUACAAGAAAUUUAUCACAAACAAUAACUUUACAAGAAUCAGCAGCAGUUUCAACUUUACAAGGAUUUGUGUACUGAAAAAUGGGUCAAUCACUCGGUUGUGUUCAAGUGAAGCAGUCAAAUGUUGCUGUGAGGGAACAAUUUGGGAAGUUUGAUGGUGUGCUUGAACCAGGAUUGCAUUGCAUGCCCUGGUGUUUUGGGUACAAGGUAGCUGGUGAGCUCUCACUGUGCGUGCGACAACUUCAAGUUCAUUGCGAAAGCAAGACCAAGGAUAAUAUGUUUGUGAAAGUGGUUGCAUCGAUUCACUAUCGCCCCUUUCCAGACAAGAUACCGGAUGCUUUCUACAAGCUCUUGAAUGCCGACUCACAGAUUCGGGCUUAUGUGUUUGAUGUUAUUAGGGAAAAUGUGCCGAAAUUGGAGCUUGAUACCGUCUUUGAGCAGAAAAGUGACAUAGCAAAAGCUGUUCAAAAGGAACUUGCAAAGGCUAUGUAUGAUUAUGGUUUUGAAAUAGUCCAGACCCUGAUUGUGGAUAUUGCACCACAUAUUGUAGUGAUGAAUGCGAUGCAUGAGAUCAAUGCAGCUGCAAGGAAGAGACUGGUGGCGGAAGAGAAGGGGGAAGAAGAGAAAAUCCUGAAGAUCAAGCGAGCGGAAGGAGAGGCAGAGUCCAGGCACUUGGUAGGGCUCGGCAUAGCGCGCCAGAGCCAGGCCAUUAUUGGAGGGCUGAAGGACAGCGUGCUCGACUGCUUUACAGAGAUUAUGCUAAAGAGGGGAUAAAAGCUUCAAAGGGACAAAUAUAUCUGCAAUGCUUGACUGCUUAAAUUAUUCAUCGAAGACUAAUUAUCAACUCUACCAGUUCUAAAGUUUUAAUAGUUGGUGUGUCAAAUGCUAAUUAUUAUGUUAAUUCUCUUAAAUCUUAUCUGUUUUCAGACAUCAGAUGUAAAAAAACGAAGUCCUUUGGAUCAACAGCAUUGCAAUA